AUGGACACCAACAUACUCGCCGUCGACCCGCAGAGACUGGGGGGCAUCACCUUCACAGAGUCGACAACGGACUUGAUCGAAGAGUGGCACAUAGACUAUGCGGAGGGGAAGGAUUACCAGAGUCUCAAGAGAGCCGCCGAGGAGAUAACAAACACAGACACGCCAGUUGCCUUCCCAACGGAGACUGUGUAUGGACUGGGGGCGGACGCGACGAGGAGCUCAGCAGUCAAGGCAAUCUUCGCUGCAAAAGGCAGACCUUCAGACAACCCUCUGAUCGUACACAUCCACUCGUUGCCUCAGUUGCGCGAACUGCUGUCAGACAAUGGAGCGUCGCAGACGGAAGUCGACCCUAUUCCUGCCAUCUACAGGCCGCUCAUCGAGCGCUUCUGGCCUGGUCCCUUGACCAUCAUCCUCCCCGUACCUGAGAAGACCGUGCUCGCACCAGAGGUCACUGCCGGCCUGACGACCUUUGGCGCGCGCAUGCCGCGUUCUAUCCUCGCGCUUUCGCUUCUGCGCCUCUGUGGGCGCCCCCUCGCCGGUCCCUCUGCGAAUGCGUCUACACGGCCUUCCCCAACCGCAGCCGAGCACGUCUUCGAUGAUCUGCAAGGGCGCAUACGCACCAUCGUGGACGGCGGACCCUGCGAAGUCGGCGUUGAGAGCACAGUUGUGGACGGGCUAUCGAGUCCACCGAGCAUACUGAGGCCAGGUGGUGUCACUGUAGAACAGCUCAGGCAGUGUCCCGGUUGGGAGAAUGUCACUAUCGCUUACAAAGAUAAGCAAGAGGGAGGCGCGAGCAAGCCUCGAGCACCGGGGAUGAAGUACAGGCACUACAGCCCGAAAGCAGAGGUUAUACUAUUUGAAGCCGGUGCAGCAAGGCCUGGGACAGAGGAGGUUACGAGGAAGAGCAAGGUCGGGAUAAUACGCACGAAGAGCUGGAAGCCCGCGCUGGGUUUGACGGCUCAGGACACGAGCGUGCGAGACGCCAACGGACAGGCCAACGGAACGGCACACGCAGACACGACCUCUACUAACCCCGCAGGCGCGUCAUCGCGACUCUCGAAUCUCCUCCGCUCAGUCAUCCAGCACCAGAUCCCGCAUGCACAGCGCCACACUCUCGACUCGAUCGACACGGAAGUAUGGGACAUCAACCUCGGCGCAGAAACCGAAGGCGUCGCGCGCGGGCUCUUCUCAGCACUGCGGGAGCUAGACAAGAAGGGUGUUGAAGUCAUCUUCGUGGAGGGCAUUGACGACACGACUGGAGACGACAUUGCAGCAGCAGUGAUGAACAGGCUGAGGAAAGCCGCCGAGAUCCGUACGUGA